CGCUUCUUGAAAAACGUCCUUUCAUGCCUGACAUUAUCUAAAACCCUCCGGCGGUGGUGUUCCACUACCUGCGCUCAACCAUGACGGUGCCGCUUUUCAAUCUCGCUCCCGAUAUGGCUGUCUCAAGACUCUGCCUAGGAACCAUGACGUUCGGCGAGCAGAACUCUAUGUCUCAGUCCUUCCAGCUCCUCGACAAAGCCUUCCAAUCCGGAAUCAAUUUCUUCGAUUCCGCCGAAAUGUAUCCGGUGCCACAGUGUGCAGAGACACAAGGAAAGAGCGAGGAGUAUCUCGGAAAUUGGAUUCGCUCCCGCAAUAUUCCACGGGAUCGUUUGGUGCUUGCUACGAAGGUUUGUGGGCCAUCAGGGAAAAUGACUUGGAUACGAAAUGGACCAGAAAGUGUUGAUUCCAGGAAUAUAGCAGAGGCACUUGACAAUAGUUUGCUGCGCCUACAAAGUGAUUACAUUGACUUGUAUCAAGUUCAUUGGCCAGACCGCUAUGUACCUAUGUUUGGAGAAACUGAGUUCGAUUCUCACCGGAACUUUCCCUAUAUUAGUUUUGAGGAACAACUUAUUGCUCUAGAGAAGGCUAUUUGUUCUGGUAAGAUAAGAUAUAUCGGACUAAGUAAUGAGACACCGUAUGGUCUUAUGAAGUUCCUUCAUGCUGCUGAAGGUCUCUCUCGCAAUUCUAGAGUAGUCUCUGUGCAGGUGAAUGCUUAUAACCUCCUCUGCCGAAAUUUUGAUUCCGGAAUGGCAGAAUGCUGUCACCAUGAGAGGGUAAGCUUACUAGCAUAUAGCCCUUUGGCAAUGGGUAUUCUCUCCGGGAAAUAUCUCUCUCUCGAUGGAGGUCCAAGUGAUGCUCGUUUGAAUUUGUUCAAAGGCAGGUAUGCUGAAGGGGAAUCAAGAUACAAUCUGUCAGAUGGUAUCACUGGAAAAGCUGCCAAGUUAUAUUUUUCCAUUGCAAAGAAGUAUGAUGUUCAUCCUGUAUCACUUGCUAUAGGAUGGGGGAGACCUUCCAAGUACGGAGUUAUAUCAAUUAGAUUCGAACCUGUGUUUCCCAAUAUUCUUUUAGUAAAAGAUUGUCUUUGAUUAGAUUAUUACAUUGAUAAGUUCUUGCACUUUUGGGAUGUGCUAUCUUGAGAUCGCAGUAAGGUCUUCAUUUAUUGUUUUAAAACCGCAAGGCCUUGUUUUCUAUGCAUGAGAAGAGGGUGAUAAAUAUCUAUGACAAUUUAAUAUCUUGUUUGAUUCAAAAAUAAAAGCCCUUGAUAAAGUAUUGUAUUCCUAAACGUGUUACGUAUUACGAAAGAUAAGUGUAACUAACUUGAUAAACUAUCCAUCUUCUUGCUCUCAUACUAGUACAAAUGAGUUUUAGUAAGUGCAAUAUGAUAGUGCAGUUUAAUACAUCCAACCAAACAAGAAAUUCAAUGUAUGUAUGGUUAAAUGCAUGUUUAAUACAUUCAAUCAAACAUUCUAAUUUUAGAUGAGUUACUUAAAAGACCAUAAUCUGAUUUGUGGAUAUUAUAGAGCUUAUUUUGUGGAUUUUUUAAGCUUGUAUAGACUUGUAUUCAUCUUAUUCAUGUUUUAGAAGCUCUUUUUUAAGCUUAGCCAAACAUUAUCAGAAACCUCAUUUUUUAUUUAGAUACUCAUAUUUGGUAGUAGUAGUAAUUCCAAUUUACACUAUUUUUAAUUCAAUUUACACAUUAUUUACUCAUAAGUUAUAACUUAGGUCGAUGCUCUUCAUCAAAGUUGUUCAAGCUCAAGUUCGGACAAAUUGGAUGAUUAUGCUUUUGACUUGAUUCAAUUUGUUUGCACUUCUACCCGUAACUGUAAUUUUAUGUGCACAACAUUCCAAGAUGUGGAGAUGCUAACAAUGUUCAAACUAAGAAUCUCAGCUGUUUGUUCAUUUCCUAUUAUGAUUUGUUGUGCAUUAAGCUUAAUAAAGUGUUCUCUAUCACUGUACUACAUUCCUGUUUGAUGAUCAAAUCAGCUUUGUUGUGCCCUAUGAAACUAUUUGGCAGCUUUUGUUUUGAGACACCCUCUUGUGGCCAGUGCUGUUUUUGGAGCUACAAAGCUGUGGCAGCUCCAAGAGGUGCUCGAUGGCUGCAGAGUCGAGCUUACUCCAGAGAUAA